UAUAAAGUAUAAUGUGCGAGUAGAUUUGUAAAAUUUUUUGUGAGAAAUGUGUCAAUUUUGAAGAAUUUCAAGAAUAAAAUACAUACAUACAUAAUUUAAAAAUGGAAAAUAUUUAAUAUUUUUAUAAUUCAUUUUAAUUCUUUAAAUAAAAUAGAAAUGUUUGAGCAAUUUUAACAAAGAGUUUUUGGAAAAUUUGAAAAUGCUAUUGAUGCUCAUUUUUUAAUUAAUUUAUGAUAAUAUGUGUUUGUGUUCGGAGUACUUUAAUUGAAGAUACAAAAAAAGUAUCGCAGUUGCUCUCCUGCAGCUAGUGCCGCUAGGAUUAAUUUGAUGACGUCUUCAUUUAAAUACUCGAAAAAUAGAAAAAGAAAUUUAAAUUCAUAAAAUUGUUUUUGUUACAAAUUAUAAUUUUAUUUAUUGUGUUGAAAUAUUAUAAUUACUUGAAAAUAAAAAUGAUUUCUAUUGUAGUUGUACUCAAUCCAUAUUCCGUACUAAAUACAUAAUGAGUUCAUUCAUUUAAAAUAGUGAUUACAUACACAUCUAAAUUCCAUUAAAGUCUAUGCAUAAUAUACAAAUUUUUUUUAAGUUUUAUUAAGAAAAUCUAUAAAUAAAAAAUAACUACAUAAACCUACCUAAAAAAAUAUUUUUAUAUACAUAUGUAUAACCGGUGGUAUAAUUUACUUGUGCCCCAUGUAUGUUCACUCGUAUGUUUAUGUGUAUACCUAAUACAAAUAAGUGCUAAAUAGAAAAUUUUUAUAAUGUACAAAUAAAUAAAUUUUCAAAUUUAUAAAAAAAACAUUGAUUUUCACAUAUUUUUAUGAAUAGACAUACACAAAAAAAAACUUAUAGAGUAAUUUCUAAUAACUUUAUUCUAAAAUAAAAGUGCAAUAGCGAGUUUUUUAAAUAGAAAAAUGACAACUAGAAAGAAAAAGCGAAAUGAAAGCGGUGGAUUCUUAAAAAAAGUAUCAUCACUAUUUAAUUUAGACACGGUGAAUGGUGAAGAGAAUUGGGAAUUCGAUGAUAUUACACUCGAACGUGGCAAUGCGGGCUUGGGUUUUUCAAUUGCUGGCGGUACGGACAAUCCACAUGUGGGAACUGAUACGUCAAUAUAUAUUACAAAGCUAAUACCGGGUGGUGCCGCUGCUAAUGAUGGUCGAUUGCUAGUAAAUGAUAUUAUUGUUUCUGUUAAUGAAGUAUCUGUCAUUGACGUACCACAUGCAAGUGCUGUGGAAGCGUUGAAAAAAGCUGGCAAUAUUGUUAAACUACAUGUUAAGAGAAAAGGAGGUCCAUAUAAAGUAGCGCCAGGUCAAAAAAUUCUGGAAAUCGAUUUAGUUAAAGGGGUAAAAGGAUUAGGCUUUUCAAUAGCUGGCGGUAUAGGAAACCAACAUAUUCCUGGCGAUAAUGGAAUUUACGUUACAAAAAUUAUGGAAGGUGGGGCCGCACAUGUUGAUGGUAGACUUAGUAUUGGCGAUAAAUUAAUCGCGGUACGAAAUAAUUCGAAUGAAAAAAAUCUCGAAAAUGUAACACAUGAACAAGCUGUCGCAACACUAAAAUCUAUAACUGAUAAAGUAACUUUAGUUAUUGGGAAAAGUCAGCAUUUAACUUCUUUGAAUCAAGUUAAUUCUCAAUCAACUGGUGCUGUAAAUAAAAUUGAGCAAAGUGUAGUUGAUUCUGGGCAGUUAGGACAAACAGCAACAUCAAGAUCACAUUCACCAAUUCCUCCUCAACCUUCAUCUAGAUAUGCUUCAUCAAACAUUCUUGCUGCUGUUCCCCCGGGAACUCCUCGCGCCGUCAGUACAGAAGAUAUAUCAAGGGAGCCUAGGUCAAUUACUAUUCAAAAAGGAAAUCAAAAUUUGGGAUUCAAUAUUGUAGGAGGGGAAGAUAAUUAUGGUAUUUACGUAUCAUUUAUAUUACCUGGCGGACCAGCUGAUCAAGGAGGUGAAUUAAAAAGAGGAGAUCAAUUACUUAGCGUUAACAAUAUCGAUAUAAAAACUGCUACCCACGAAGAGGCAGCACAAGCACUAAAAAAUUCUGGUGGUGUUGUUAAUCUAGUCGCUCAAUAUCGACCUGAAGAUUAUAAUCAAUUCGAGGCUCACGUAAAAGAAUUAAAACAAGCUUCAGCAAUAACAAAUUCCGGAACACUAUUGCGUACAUCACAAAAACGUUCAUUAUAUGUUCGAGCGUUAUUUGACUAUGAUCCAAAUCGUGACGAUGGUUUACCAUCAAGAGGACUCCCGUUUAAGCAUGGCGAUAUAUUACAUGUAACGAACGCAUCUGACGAUGAAUGGUGGCAAGCUCGUCGCGUUUUAGGUGACACUGAAGAUGAAAUAAUUGGUAUUGUACCAUCAAAAAGGCGUUGGGAGCGCAAAAUGAGAGCAAGAGAUCGUAGUGUUAAAUUCCAAGGGCAUGUUGCUAAUAAUAAUAUGGAUAAGCAAUCAACGCUUGAUCGUAAAAAGAAAAAUUUCACUUUUUCUAGAAAAUUUCCCUUUAUGAAAAGCAGAGAUGAUAAAAAUGAGGAUGGAAGUGAUCAAGAACCGAAUGUUAAUGGAGCUGUAAUAAAUUCUGAUAGUCAAAAUAAUUUAGAAGCGGUUGACCAGCAAACUUUCAUGCUUUGCUACACACAAGACGACGCGAAUGCUGAAGGAGGCGAGAUUAUCUACAGAGUGGAGUUACCUGAUAUGGAGCAGAUAACGCUUAUCUACCUGGAGAAUAAUGAUGCUGACUAUCCUUCCGAAGAAAAUGUAUUAUCUUAUGAAGCUGUACAGCGUUUACAAAUUAAUUACACAAGGCCAGUUAUCGUUUUAGGGCCCCAAAAAGAUCGAAUAAACGACGACUUAAUAUCAGAAUUCCCGGACAAAUUUGGUUCCUGUGUGCCACAUACAACUCGGCCUAAACGUGAUUAUGAAGUGGAUGGCCGCGAUUAUCAUUUCGUAUCAUCAAGAGAGCAAAUGGAACGCGACAUACAGAAUCAUUUGUUUAUUGAAGCUGGCCAAUAUAAUGAUAAUUUAUACGGCACAUCAGUUGCAAGCGUAAGGGAAGUUGCUGAAAAAGGGAAGCACUGUAUACUAGACGUUUCUGGUAAUGCGAUUAAACGUUUACAAAUGGCUCAAUUAUAUCCAAUCGCUAUAUUCAUUAAACCGAAAUCUGUUGAUUCAAUAAUUGAAAUGAAUCGAAGGACAACAGAAGAACAAGCUAAAAAGACUUAUGAACGUGCUCUAAAAAUGGAACAAGAAUUUGGCGAAUAUUUUACAGGUGUCGUACAAGGAGACACAAUUGAAGAUAUUUAUUCAAAAGUAAAACAACUUAUAUGGUCGCAAUCUGGACCGACAAUAUGGGUACCUUCAAAGGAAUCUCUAUGACCAACAGCUACAACAACAUGGACAUUACCGCCAAGAUUACGAGCACGACCAGUUACGCGAUCGGCUGCCUACAAUCAUUGAAUACUAUAAUUCAAAAAAAAAUUAAAUGAAUAUUAUUAAAAAGUAAUGAAACUUAAUAUUAAUUAUUAGUAUAUUUUGUUAAUUUUUAAAUGUUUCACUAAAAUCGUAAAAAAGUUUUAAAAAACUAUAUAAAAUUGUAUUUUAUCAUAUUAUAUUCUUUAUAAAUUUAGCCUCAUUUUAAUUUAUGACUUUUUCAUGUAGCCUUAUUAUAUAUACUUAAUAUAUAAUAUUUAUAAAACAUUUAAAACAAAAAUAAAAAAUGUAAAAGAA